UUGGUCACGUGACAAAUUAUCUGCCGCUGCUGGGUGUAUUGAUUUGUUGAAUUUCAGCAUGUCGAGUGAGUUGACCUUAUGUGGAGUAUGUGAAUACCGCAACAUCAACAAACCCUCUGUAGUCUGGUGUUCGGAAUGCGACGAAGGACUUUGUGGGGAGUGUAAAGAGCAUCAUGCAGCUUCGAGGGGGACCAAAGAACACAUUAUUGUUCAAAUAUCCGAGUAUCAGAAGCUUCCUUCCAAUAUACUGGAAAUUACUCAAACUUGUCCAAAGCACAAUGAAAAAUACGUUAUAUUUUGUAAGAAACACGAUUGUCCCUGUUGUAGACGAUGUGUUACUGAAACGCAUGCCAAUUGCAGAGAGUUGAACGUGAUAGAUGACGUUAUCCAAAAUGUUAAGUCUUCAAAUGCAUUAUUAGAGAUUGAACAAAUGCUUGUGGAGGUCUCGGGCAAUUUACAGAGAAUAAGAAAAGGUCGACAAGACAACAUUCAAAGUCUGAAAGAGAACAAGACCAAAAUUGAAAUAGAGAUCAAGGAGACACGAAUGUUGAUUAACGAUCAUCUCGAUAAAUUGCAGGAAAUUCUAAUGAAAGAGUUGUAUGCCGCUGAGGAAAAAGAAAACAAGAAAAUCAGCUGUUUAAUAUCAUCCAUACAAGAGAAAGAAAGGGAGAUUACAGAAUGCCAGACUAAUUUAGAUAACAUAAAACAACAUGCCUCAGACCUCCAAACGUUCUUGGCAAUGAAACACAUCCAACAAGAUGUAACAAACAACGAAUCAUUCCUAGAAGCUUUAUUGAAAGAAGAUAAAUUGAAUCAUGUGAUCAUUUCUUUUGAAAAAGAAAACACAUUUGAAUCUCUACUUACCGCUCUAAACAAGAUGGGAACCAUUAUUUUGGAUUCUAGUACAAGUGAUAUAACACUUACAAGCAGGAAGAACAAACAAGUGCAGAUAAUGGUACCUAUGACGCCUGUUGCUACCAUUGAUGAUCUUAAACUUACUUUAAAACAAAUCGUGAAAACAAUUGGCGGGAGUGUAACUGGUUGUUCCGUGCUUCCUGAUGGCAGAAUGAUUUUUUCCUGCUACUCAAGUCACAAAAUAUAUGUGAUGAAAACCGACGGAUCGUUAGAUUUUACAUUACAGACAGGAUCGUAUACAUCACAUAUACACUAUAUAGAGGACAGUCAAAAACUUGUUGUGACAUCUGGCAUAGACAUGUCUAUCACGAUAAUCGAUAUUAAAAACAGAACAACUGAAAAAUCUAUUAAAGUCGGGUCAUGGAUUUAUGGAAUAGUUCACAAAGAUGGGAAAUUGUUCUAUAAUGGAUAUGGCAGUGGAUUAUGUGUUGUAAGUUUAGAUGACGACUCAGUGACACAUCUAGUUAAUGCUGCUUUGUCUCAAUACAGUAGCAUUGCAAUAUGGUCAGACCAACUUUAUUAUAUAAUCGAUGAUUCAGUAGUAUGCUGUGAUCUUCAAGGGAAACUAAAAUGGAAAUCAGAACUUGCAGCAUUUCUUCCAGAUGCAGAAGGUAUUGCGGUAGACAAUCACGGACGUGUUUACGUAUCAGGCUUUUAUUCUCACAAUGUCGUUGUUAUUUCAACAGACGGAAACAAACACAGAUUGUUGUUGUCAGAGAAUGUUGGUAUACAAUGGCCACAAGCUUUGUUCUUUGAUCGAAAAAAUAACAAGCUUCUAGUUGCGAAUCAAACAAAAGAGGCAUUUCUUUUUGACGUUUCAAGUUAAUGAGCUGAUACGAUAUUCUCUUUGAAAAGAAACAUAAUAUAACCUUUGCUUUUUGUAUGUUUUGUGUUGUGCAUGUACUGAUUUUGUGUCAUGGAUGGAUAUUCCGUAUCCUUUGUUUUUCUAUCAUAUAAAAAUGUGUUGAAGUCUUGAACAUUCUAUGUUCAUACACCCAGUCUUUUGUUUAACUUCAAGUGAUUUAGUCGUAAAACAUGUAAUUGCUUUAAAACAAUCACACUUACAACAUAUGAAGUAGAAGCAAUAAUUAAUAAAGAAAUAAAUUUAAAAAAUAUU